GAAUCAUAAGUAUGUGCUUUAGAUAAACUCAAAACCAAAAUGACAAACGUGCAUAUUUUUGUUGUUAUCGUGUAAGAGGUUUGUUGAAGUGUUCAUGUGUAAAAAUGUGGACAGAAAACGGUAAACUAUGGUGCAUUCGUGCAUUCUUCGUCAUACAUUCAGUCCAAAUGUCGUCUUCUUCAUUGGAAAGUUCGGCAUCUUUUCAAACCGGAAAUGCAUCAAUAAGGGAUUACGAGAAAAUGACCAGUGAAAGGUUUGGUACAAGACACUUCCCGUUCAGUCCUCAUAACUUUGAAUGGUUUAAGAUCUUCACAAAGAACGAGAAUACAAGGAUCAACAUCGAUAACAAUACGUCUAACAUGGUUUACUGUCAGCUAUGCACAUGCUACAACGCCAGUGAUGGGAUGCAUGUAGACUGUUCCUUCCGGGGAAUUUCAAAGGCAUUUAAUGAUAUUUCUAAAGACACUGUUAUAUUGACAUAUCGAGGAAAUAAAUUAGGAAAAGUUAUGGAAACAGACUUCCAAGGGCUUGAACAUCUUAUAUGGCUUGAUCUGUCUCAAAACGAGAUUCUUAAAAUUGAGGAGGGCGCAUUUGAUGACCUGAAGAAUCUGCAAGUCCUGCUCUUGAACAAUAACCGCUUUAUUACAAUGACAGGUACUUUAUUUCCUCAGGACAGUUUUGCAUCUUUGCACAACCUGCGUAUCUUGACUUUACAUGGCAAUAUAGAGUAUUACCUUUUAAACGUCUCAAAGAUAGAUAGCAAACUGUUCCGUUCUCUUUACCGCUUGGAAUACCUGACCACAGAUGGUAUAUUUAACAUAGAAUUCGAUGAAAACUAUCGGAAUACAAAUCUGUCAACAUUGGUGAUGUCUUCAAUGAUCGGGCAAUGUGGAAUAGUGUCGCUUUCGAACAAAACAUUUCGAGGCCUACCAAAACUAAGGCAACUUACCAUGACUGGAUGCAAAAUAUCACAGAUUACAGAAAACAUAUUCUCAUCAGUGCCUUUGCUGGCAUAUUUAGAUAUUUCAAAUAACUUUAAGUUGGGUUUAUACAACGCUAUCGGCCCUUUGGCGAAGAGUUUAAAUCCUUUCAACAUUAAAAACCUAAAAAUGAAUUUUGUUUCAAAUCCCGAUGACGUUGGCACACAACUUACCAAAGAAAACAUGAAAUACAUUAAUGCGAUGUCGCUAGUUCAUUUAGAAAUGGAUUCGAACAAUAUAGAAAUAUUUGAAAAAAGGGCGUUGAAUAUGUCACGUGGUACAAUAAGAACACUAUCAAUGCAAAACAACAACCUUUUCUUUUCGUUAUUUGUGGAAGCAAUAAUUUGGGGAAACCCGAGUUUAGUUGAAGUUGACCUUCGUGACCAGUUCAAAUACAAGAUCCCCGCUAUCGAACAUACCAAUUCGAUGUACUCUAAACUUACGCCAUCACGUGACCAGUUCAAAAACAAGAUCCCCGCCCCUGGCGUCAUCAAUACCUUAUACACUAAAGGUAUGUUAUCACGUAAUCAGGAAAACGUGAUAAGUCUCAAACAGUUUUCAUUCACAGGGAGUCGUCAUUUGUUCAAGCCCCUUGAUUUUUACAACACGAGCAACUCCCUCUGGUAUAUGGAUAUUUCAGAAAAUCGCAUCACCCGGCUGAAGAAGAAUCAUUUCGAAAACCUUAAACAUCUUACAUUUUUAAAUCUUUCUAAUAAUUAUAUAGAAGCGAUCGACACAAACUCCUUUAAAGACUUGGUUGCAUUAACGCACUUAUUUCUUCAAAACAAUCUGCUUGGGUUCGAAAUGGGUUUCGGAAACUUGGAUGACAUAUUUAAAGCACUUCUCCAUCUUGAACACCUAAAUCUUGCCCGUAACAGAAUCUACACAAUAAAGAAAGACAUGUUUUCCUCUUGCAAGCGGUUGCAUUUCCUAGAUUUGUCAGACAAUUACCUAAAUAAUCUUGACAUAGAUGUAAGCCAAUUACAAAAUCUGUUUCUAUUGAAUCUUAGAACAAACCGCAUUCAGAGCUUUCCUCUCGCAGUGCAAAAAGGGUUGGAGGCAAUAUCCAAUCACACUGCGUUGACUGUAAACCUCGUGGACAACAAGCUUGUGUGUAGUUGUGGAAAUCUAAACUUUCUCAAGUGGGUUCUGAGUUCAAACAUAACAUUCGUGAAAAGGCCAAGUUACGAAUGCACAUUUAUCAAUGGCACCAGUCUCUUUAUACGAUCAGAAAUGAUAUGUUCACUGGAAAUGGAAUGCCACCGAUACCUGACCGUGAUCAUAACGUGUACAGCAUUAGCCUCCCUCUUCCUGGCGAUCAUUACAGCUGCUAUUGGAUACCGAUACCGUUGGCAUAUUCUUUACUGGUACUAUAUGGCGAAACUUAAAGACAGGACACAAGGUGAACAAAAUACCACGUACGAACGGCUUUUUGAGUGGGAUGCAUAUAUAUCGUAUGAUGAUGAAGACUUGCAUUUCGUUGCAGCGAAAAUGCAACCAGAACUUGAGGAACGACUUCAUUAUAAGCUACACAUUCGAGAGAGGGACUUUGUCCUUGGUGAAACCAACUCCUUAAACAUACUCAAUGCAGUACAGCAGAGCAAACGAACAAUUCUCAUCAUAAGCAGACACUUCCUUAAAAACAAGUGGUGCAAUUUCGAAAUAAACAUGGCCAUGAUUGAAGGCAUUAAAAGUGAAAGGGGCGUGGUGGUUCUGGUGUUCCUUGAGAAGAUACCGGCGUCGUUUAUGCCGAAGGAUCUUGCGGCGCUCCUCACACAGUGUCCCGUGGUUGAUUGGCCGCAGUGCGAGGACGUGGCAGAAGCUUUCUGGGAUAAGUUGGUCAAUGACAUUGACGAUUACAAUGUCAAUAGUGAUAAAUGAAAAUAUGGAUGUUUUAUUCAUGGUGUUCAUUCUGAUACACGCAUCUCAUUGAAACAAACGUUGUUUGUUGCUUUUAUAUCUGUAUUGUUAUCUGUUAUUUAUAUUUCUACGAAAAUGCUUCAAUUUUCUGUUGUUAGUACUAUCAAAAUAAACAAAAGCAGUUUCCAUGUAGAAUAAUUUUUUAUCAUUUUUGCUUUUAUUUCUUUCCAUUUAAUGUUAUAACCCGUUUUGGAUAAAACGUAUAUUGAAAGGAAUAUAAGUGAAGCUGCAUGAUGUAUUUCUUGGAAAUGUUUUAAUCUGUUAUUCAUUUUCUAAAGUGGUAUAACCAUGCAUCUAACUAGAAGAAGGAUGAGUGAUUUCAAAAGGUUAUAAAUUUGCCUGGAUUUACAACGUAAGUGAUUGGUUAACAAAUACUUUUAUUACUUCAGUUUGGAAUGCUAGGUAUGUGUUGGCAAUAAGCAUCUGAUAUAUCAGCCACCACAGUUUGUCAAUAUCUAAACCUUCAUUUAUCAGUUAUAUAUUUAUCAUUUUCGAUUAAACGACGCCUAUAUUUUAUUUUGAAUCAUACGUUAGGAAAAAUAGAACAAAAAUCAUCAACAACAAAUACAACAAUAAACCUACGGAUAUCGGAAAUGAUUAUAGGCAUGCAAAAUGUAAUAUAUAUGACAAUGCACAUGUUUACUUAAAAUUCUUCUUUGUAAACUAAUCAUACAGUUUGCUUCCACUUUGCAUAAUAAACCUAUCAAUGAACUAUA